ACACACACACACACACAUACACACCCCUCCUUCUUCUUCUUCCCCCACCCCCCCCUCAAGGGGCGGUCCCCUGGUCCCCUGGGGGAGGUUUUCGGGCCCACGACCCGGGGAGGACGGCGACCUGGAGAGCUGCGGGCCGGGUUCUCAGGACUGGGGUCUGGGCCGCUGCAGCCGGGUGGCCGGCGCCGCGGCGGCCCCUCCCCGCCGUCCCCUCCUCCUCGCCUCCUCCGCCCCCCCACCCCCCUCCUCCGGGUCCCCGGCAGCGGCGGCUGGAGGAGCAGCCGGCGGCGCAGCGGCCGCGCAGCCUUUGUCUCGGGGCCGCGGGGCGGCGGGGCCCGGCGCAGGCGCUACAGAGAGCAUCCAAGUAGGAGGCUGCAGACACAGUCGGCUGUCAUGCAGAUGAUGAGGCUGUGAUUGAUGAAUUGCAAAUCCUGCCUAGUGCUCCCAAAGAAAACGGCUCUCUCUACCAUUCCAGUAUCCUCCAGAUCCAAGACAUGCAACCCGCAGACAGGAAAUGGCAGCCACCAAAGCGCUGAGGGGAGCCCUUCCAGUCGUUUCUGUCCCGGCUCCAAGUUUUUUCCCAUGAUGGCCUGCAACAGCUCCACCGUCGAGACCUACCAGUACUUGCUACUGAACGGGAGCAAUGUGUCCGACUCCGGGGCCACCCCACCACCCGCCCCCCUCAGGAUAUCCCUGGCAAUAAUCAUGAUGCUGAUGAUCGUGGUGGGGUUCCUGGGCAAUGCUGUCGUCUGCAUCAUCGUGUAUCAGAGGCCAGCCAUGCGCUCCGCCAUCAACCUGCUGCUGGCCACGCUGGCCUUCUCCGACAUCAUGCUGUCCUUAUGCUGCAUGCCCUUCACGGCCGUCACCCUGAUCACGGUCCACUGGCACUUUGGGGAUUACUUCUGCCGGCUCUCCGCCACCCUUUACUGGUUUUUUGUCCUGGAGGGCGUGGCCAUCCUGCUCAUCAUCAGCGUGGAUCGCUUUCUCAUCAUCGUCCAACGCCAGGACAGGCUGAACCCACGGCGGGCCAAAAGGAUCAUCGCCGUCUCCUGGGCGCUGUCGUUCUGCAUCUCGGCCCCCUCGCUGGCAGGCCGGACGUUCGUGGAGGUGCCGGCGCGGGCUCCCCAGUGCGUGCUGGGCUACACGGAGUUCGCGGUGGAGCGCGCCUACGUGGUGGCGCUGGUGGUGGCCGUGUUCUUCGUGCCCUUCGGCGUCAUGCUGUGCUCCUACCUGUGCAUCCUGCACACCGUGCGCAAGAACGCCAUCCGCGUGCACAACCAGUCCGACAGCCUGGACCUCAGACAGCUCACCAGGGCCGGCCUGCGGCGGCGGCAGCGGCAACAGCAGGUCAGCUUGGACUUGAGCUUCAAGACCAAGGCCUGCACCACCAUCCUGAUCCUCUUUGUGGGCUUCUCGCUCUGCUGGCUGCCGCACUCGGUCUACAGCCUCCUGUCCGUGUUCAGCCGGGGGUUCUACUGCAGCUCCUCCUUCUACACCACCAGCGCCUGUGUCCUGUGGCUCAGCUACCUCAAGUCUGUCUUCAACCCCAUCGUCUACUGCUGGAGAAUCAAAAAAUUCCGCGAAGCCUGCAUAGAGUUGCUGCCCCAGACCGUCCAAAUCCUCCCCAAAGUGCCUGAGCGGAUCAGAAGGAGAAUCCAGCCAAGCACCGUCUAUGUGUGCAAUGAAAACCAGUCCGCGGUUUAAGGGACGGGAGGGAGGAGCGCGCGGACGGUUCCAGGACUGAGCUCAGAGUCCUGGCACUUUGGCCCUAGCCAGCAUUUCCGGUGGCCCUGUAAGCACAAAGGUACGCCUCUGUUACCAGAUAAGCUGCUGCUUCAAGUUGGCAAGAUGAAUUAUUUUUUUUUUCUUGCUACAGGAGAGCAGUAUGUGGGUCUGAUAGAAACUGGAAGGUAGUUGGGACAAAAUGGGGAUGGGGUGGGCUGUGUGGGCAGGAAGUUAGGGAAGAGGAGGGGUCAGGGAGGAAGGCUCUGUCCAAAGGGCUCCCAAUACUCCUGCUUAAGAGAAACCCUGUGGUGCCAUAUUCUGACAUGAGAAACCCCGUAGCUGUCAUCUCACAGGUUACCCCUCAUUUUAUUUGACGCCAGUAUUCUUAACAGGUACUUAUGUUUGUGGCCGGUGGGGAAACAAGCAAGGAUCUCUGUGUUGGUCGGCUGUACAUCUCUGAUCAUGCUGAAUCAUCCUUUCUAUAAACCAGAAUCAUGCUGGGAAGCAGAGCGAGCGCCUGUGCUAGUCAGUUCCCCAGUGUGACACAUGGGAGGCCUCAGUGGCUUGAAGCCCAGAGAAUGAUCUGGGGCCGUUCAGCUGAGGGCUCGUGCAUGUACCGAGCCCCUCCUACCUGGCCCAGCUCUGUCCCCUGUGCCCUGAAGCCCUUCACCCUCCCUGCCUGCCUGCCCUAACUGUGACUAUCCUCUCUCUUUCCCUCCACUGUUCCCCGCCUCUCCCUUUGUUUUAUCCCAUCCAUCCAUCGCACAGGAAAAAAAAAAAGAAAGAAAGAAAGAAAGAAAGAAAGAAAGAAAGAAAGAAAGAAAGAAAGAAAGAAAACCACUCCUCCUGUAAUUCAUCUUUUCAGCAAGUGUCUGUAGUGACUUGCUUUCAGUUUCAGAAGCGGGCAGUAGGCUUUGUUUACAUGUUUCCUCUCAACUCCCUGAGGCUGCAGGUUUUGUGAGCUGCUACUUGGACUUCAGCGCUGGGGCUGCCGGCAGGGGGCAUCAUACACACAGACCCAGUUCCCCAUUGAGCUCUCCUCCUACCUCACUCAGAGCCUCCCGUCUGACUCCUGCAGUCUGGGCCACCUACCCCAACCUGGGGCUUCCCACCCCAGGCGGGCCUGGGAGCCCACGACUAAAGCUGCCUGGAGGGGGACCUUUCUGCUUGUACUGCACACUUGGCCGCCGUGCACAGGGCCACCCAUCGCUACCAGGAGCUUCCGAUGUUGGCGGAUGAUUUUCAAGUUCAGGCAGGCCGCUGACUCCACCGAGGUCUCCUCAGAGUUUCAGAUCCGAAGAGAACGGGAAGUUUAAGGAGAGAUUCAGAAAAUCUGAUUCCAACUCUGCAGGGAACCAGUCACGCGAGCGUGUUCAUUUUACCUUGCUUCUCUGGGUCUCAGUGUCCCCAUUUGCCAAGUGAGGAAGGAAGUCUAGAUGAUCUCCAGUGCCCCUCUCUCAGAUUCUAAAUGUAUAUGUUUUCUACUCAGAGUCACCAGAUCCCCUGCAUUUAUUAAGUGCCUACUGGAUGCAAGGCACUGUGGGGGGGGGGGGGGUUAGUGAUGAAUAUGGCAUGGGCUAUGAGCAGAAGCAGCUGUCCAAUUUAUUUUAGGAUGAUGGUGACUCCCAACUUGGCCUAACAGCACAGAAGCUCUCUUUGUGUCUCUUUUCUUAUUUCCUUUCCAAGAUUGUGUUAAGAGGCCAACUAAUGCUCUCUUCCUGUGGUACUGGUGACAGAGGCAAAGAAAGAGAACAUCAUUUACAUUAAUCUAAGCCUAGAGGAAGGUCUGUGAAGAAAAUACCACUUCUUUCCCACCCACUCCCCAUCCUUUUGUAUUCAGACGAGACAGAGAGACGUAGAGACUGAAGUCUGGCAAUCUGCGUGUGAUUGAUUGAGGUGGGUCCCAUCGAUUCUGUGUCCCUAGUGCACCCAGUAAGGCCACGGUUUGCCUUCAGUUCCCACGAGGCAACUAGCGUGGCCUCCGUGGUGUCCAAAAACACAGCCAGACCAGCCAGGGUAACAGGCCACUGGGCACCUCCCCUCUGGGGGGCAUUUAAGAGAAUGUUCUUGAGGAGCAAAA